AUGGAAGUAGCCAAAACUGGUAUAGCUUCUGCUUUGCCUUUUUUAUUGUCUUUAAUUGGAAAAAAUUUUGCUGGGCAAAUAAGUGACCGUCUGACCUCUGUUUCUGAGAAGGCUAAAGUUAUAUUUUUUGCUAGCAUCUCUCAGUAUUUAAUGGGUGCCUGCUUUUUGGCAAUGUCAUUAUUUCCUAAAUUUGGCAUUGUUAAUGUAACUUUAAUGCAAUGUAUUUACACUGCUGCAACUGUUUUUAGUGGUUUAAAUACUGUUGGAUUAAUUAAGGGGGCACAGCUAAUGUCAAGUCAAUUUUCCCAUGUUAUAUUUUCUUGGACAACAAUCCAACUUAGCGUUAUUAUGUUAAUUCUCCCAAUGAUUAUUAAUUUUUUGACACCGACAAAUGCUGUUGAAGAGUGGGCAGAUGUUUUUCUACUCGUCACAGCCUGCAUUUUCAUUGGAACAACGUUUUUCAAUUAUGUAAUUGAAGUUGAGCCUAGAGAAUGGACUAAAACAGAAAUACAAAGUCCCAAAUUAAGUACAACAACAGUUCCUGGAACGACUAUAAGUGCUGAAGAAGGGAAAAAGUUGGGAUUGGAAGUUUUACAAAUUAGUUGAAAAUAAAGGAAAGGAGGAAAAUUUUUCUGAAAAAUGGGGUGAGG